CUCUUGUUUCAGGGUUUUGCAAUUUCACUUGCUCUCAUUUCUCGUCAUCGCUCUCAUGUCGAUGUCUGUAGAUCGUGAAACUACGUCAUUUCGGGAUUCUGAAACUCAGAAUAAUAUUCGAAGAAUUCUUGAGUCAUGCUCCAAAUUGACUGAGGCUGAAGAUUUUCUUGAGUCUGAAAACACAGUUACAGAACUUGUCAAGUUCCUUGAUUCUUUACUGGAUGUUGUUCUGUCUGAUCCAGACAAUGAACAUGCAGAGGACAAUGCAUUUGAAGCUCUUUCUGAGGUUCAUCAAUAUAUCUGUUCUCAUUCUCUUCACCAGGAAGUUGUUGAUGCCCUUUCCUUUGAACUGCCAAAGGCUGUUUCAAAGUUUGCAGGGAUUUCAAGUAGAUUUUUGGACACGGCCAUUAGCAUCAUUGAUCAAUUUAUUGCAAAAUGUGGUCCAAGGGAUAUGCUAUCCAUUCUCUGUAAUACAUUAGGUUACUCAAGUAAGAUGACCAAGGCUGCCAAUUACAUUGUCCCUCCUUUAACAGGGCUCUCAAAGGUCUUUAUUUCCAUUCGAAGGCGCCAGUUUGAGCAAGUAAAAGAAGCCGUUCCUAUUAUUCUUAAUGUAUUGAAGGCUGUGUCUUUGGAGUCAGAAGAAGAACUUGAGAAUGUAUUUGACAGAGCUGUUGAGAUUGCAAAUUCUAUAUAUGAAGUUUUCAUUAAGUUGCAGGAGAGGGAUCCAAAGGAGAAGCUCCAAGCUCUUCUUGGUCUGUAUGUCCUGCAAUGCUUGGCUCUUGUUUCAACCAGCAUAAGCUUUAAAGCUCCCAGUUGCCAUUCAUUGGUAUUACGACUGUCACAAAUUUCUUCAUAUUGUGGUUUAUCAUAUCUCAGUCUACUAACAACUUAUAAUGUUGAGAUUGUAGCUGGCUCCAUUUUUGUAGAAGAUGAAGAUGACUAUAUGGGUUGUUUAUCUCAUGUCAAACAUGGUGCUGCUCUUUCAGUGGUUUGGGGGCAUGUCUCAGAGGAGGUUGCUCUUACUGCAAAAGAGGAUUUGAUUGCCUUAAAGGAUGAACUUCGUAAUAUCCAGAUCAAAAGAUGGCAAGCCAUAGGAACAUUAAAGCAUGUCCUUUCGUUUGUAAAUCUUCCUUGGGAGUUAAAGAAACAUGCUAUUGACUUCUUGCUUUGCAUCACGGAUGGAGGGGUCUCUAGAAACUACAACGAUGAACUGUCUGAGUGGUCAUCUUGUAUGCCAAGUCUUUUCUCAGCUUUGCAGGCUGUUAAAAUGGUUAUCAUGUCUGCCCCAGACCCAGAACUAAGAAAAAAAUCCUUUGCUGUGCUAAAAGGAGUACUCGCUGAUAUUCCAAUUUCUCAAAGAUUUGACAUUUUGAAAGCAUUGAUUACUAACACUGACUCUUCCUCCAUGAUUGCCAUUUUCAUCGAUCUUGUCAGGAGGGAAAUGCACACAGAAAUCUGCAGUAGUAGAUCAAUAGUUAAAAAUGUCCCAGAGAUAGAUAACAAAGCAUAUCCAGAUAUGUCAUUUUGGACUCCCAGUGUCCUUGAGUUGGUGGAGUUGGUUCUAAGACCUCCACAGGGGGGACCUCCUUCCCUCCCUGAGCAGAGUGACGCGGUGUUGUCAGCCCUCAACCUAUACAGAUUUGUAUUGAUGACAGAAUCUACAGGAAAAACAAACUACACUGGAGUCCUGUCAAGGAGCAGUUUACUGAAGGCUUACAAUGAAUGGUUGCUUCCUUUGCGUACCUUAGUGACAGGCAUUAUGGCAGAGAACAAGAUUGAUUAUGAUGAGCUUUCAGUUGACACUGUAUGCAUCCUAAAUCCACUUGAGUUGGUGUUGUACCGCUGCAUUGAACUUGCAGAAGAGAAGCUAAAGCAAUCCACAUAAGUUGUCUCGUUAGCCAAAGUUUCAUGAAAUAUUCCUUUUUUAGGUUCAUGACAUUUUGUUUCAAUAGUAAUGCUCUUUGCAGAUAGAAA